AUGGCAGAUACGCAGGCUCAAUCAGACCUUGAGGUCGUUCAAUUCGCUGAAGAGAAACUAGGAUGGACCGGAUACGUUGAAUGGGAAAAUUACCCUGAGAAGAAAGCGCUAGCGACACAAAUCCUGAACACGAAAAAGUUCACUCCGAUUCCUGAGUUCCAAUUCGUCCCUUUGCCCAAGACAAACCCCAUAUUAAUUGGAUACCGUUGGAAGGAGUACCACGAGGCUCUCGGCCUGAAGAGCAUCGUGGACUUCAGCUGGAAGACUGUGCUGGAGGAGAAACCUGAUUUGCUGCAUGUGCUCGACUUUCCGUACAACGGUGAGACAACCAGGGAGCAAUUGCUGCAGGGAAAGUUGACGGACAACAAAUAUCAUUUUGUCCGCAAUCACGGCGGCAUACCAGACAUCGCUGAGGAUGUCUUCGAGCUGGAGAUUGGCGGAAUGGUCAACAAAAGCGUCAAGCUGUCGUUAAAGGAACUCAAGGAUCCUGCGAAAUUUCCGCAGAUGGAAGUAACCGUCACACUUCAGUGCAGUGGAACGCGGCGAAUUGAACAAAUAGAACAGUAUCCUGGGGAUGGUGAUGAGCUGAUCAACGCGCCUUGGGGAGAGGGAGCCAUCGGGACCGCCGUUUAUCGCGGCGUUCCACUGAAGAAGGUGUUGAAAAUUGCUUGCGGGGGUGUUACAGACGAGUGCAAGCAUCUCGAAUUUAUCGGCGCUGACACAUACUUCAAGAAGAACAAUGUCUUCAACUAUGCGGUAUCUGUUCCCUAUCGCAAGGUUCGCGCCAACGAGGAGGUUUUGUUGGCAUGGGAGAUGAACGGCAAGCCAUUGCCUAAGAGCCAUGGCGCCCCGCUUCGCGUUGUCGUCACAGGUUACAUUGGGGCCAGGAGUUGCAAGUGGGUGUAUCGCAUCAAUGCGCUUGCCGCGCCUAGCAUGGGUCCGGUCCAAGCUCAGGAAUAUCUGUACUAUACCGCCCAGAUCGGGAAACAGAACACGAAGUACUCCAACGGAUUCUCGAUCCAACAGAUGCCCGUGUCAAGCGCGAUUUUGACGCCCAGAGACAAAGAAGUUAUCGUUCAUGAUGGUAAAAUCACGCUCAAGGGAUGGUCCUAUUCUGGUGGCGGCAACUGGGUCGAGCGCGUGGAAGUGUCAGCAGACGGCGGAAGUGUGUGGUAUGCAGUAGAUCAAGACGAUAUGUCCGAGAAGCACUAUCACGCUUGGCGUCUUUGGACCAUUGACGUUCCAGUUGAUGCAGAGGGCUGGCUGGAGUUCUGCGUCCGCACAUGGGACUCGUCGAACAAUACAGAACCAACAUUCGUUCGUUCGGCGUGGAACUGGGAUCUCCACGUUACUUCCUCCUGCCAUCGCAUCAAACUUUACAGUGUCAACAAAAGUCGACCAGCGACAGCCCGUCGUCUGAAGGAGUUGGAAGAGCGCGGCGAGGGAAUGAACCCAUUGUCGCGACCGCUGGAAUAUCAACUCGAGAGUACACCAGACUAUUUGGCAGCGAUGCAGAAACAUCCAAGGGAGCCGUUGAACUGA